AUGGAAGAAAUCAAUAAUUUCAAGACACCAAGCAAAUUAUCAGAAAAAAAGAAAUCUGCAUUAUGUUCAACUCCAUGUAUAAAUAUUCCUCCCUCUUCAUUUAUGCAGAAGCUUGGCUUUGGUACUGGGGUGAAUGUGUACCUUAUGAAAAGAUCUCUAAGAGGUUUGUCUCAUUCUCCUUGGGCUGUGAAAAAGAUUAACCCUAAAUGUAAUGAUCAUUAUCAAAGUAUGUAUCAAAAGAGAUUAAUAGGUGAAGCUAAGAUUUUGAAAAACCUCCAUCACCCAAACAUUGUAGGUUAUCGUGCCUUCACUGAAGCCAGUGAUGGUAGUCUAUGUCUUGCUAUGGAAUAUGGAGGUGAAAAGUCUCUAAAUGACUUAAUAGAAGAACGAAAUAAAGACAGCCAAGAUCCUUUUCCAGCGGUCAUAAUUUUAAAAGUUGCUUUGAACAUGGCAAGAGGGUUAAAGUAUGUACACCAAGAAAAGAAACUGCUUCAUGGAGACAUAAAGUCUUCAAAUGUUGUAACUAAAGGUGAUUUUGAAACAAUUAAAAUCUGUGAUGUAGGAGUCUCUCUGCCACUUGAUGAAAAUAUGACUGUGACUGAUCCUGAGGCCUGUUAUAUUGGCACCGAGCCUUGGAAACCCAAGGAAGCUUUGGAAGAGAAUGGCAUUAUUACUGACAAGGCAGACAUACAUGCUUUUGGUCUGACUCUGUGGGAAAUGAUGACUUUGUCUAAUCCACACAUUAAUCUUCCAGAUGAUGAUGAUGAUGAAGAUAAAACUUUUGAUGAAAGCGACUUUGAUGAUGAAGCAUACUAUGCAGCUUUGGGGACGAGACCACCUGUUAAUAUGGAAGAACUGGAUGAAACGUACCAGAAAGUAAUUGAACUUUUCUCUGUAUGCACUAACGAAGAUCCUAAAGAUCGUCCUUCUGCCGCACGCAUCGUGGAAGCUUUGGAAAUAGAUGUCCAGUGAU